GUGAUACAUAUUUCCCCCCCCAAUGGAGUCUAAAGGUCCUGGUGUACCACCCCCUAACUAUGCUGAUGUUGUGCAACCAAGUUACCAAGGGGCUGCUGUAAAUCCACCUUAUCCAGCUGGACCUGCCAUGGGAGCUCCUGGGAUGCCAGCUGCUUCAUAUCCACCACAUCCUGCAACUGCUCCUGUUGUGGUGCAGACUGUAUAUGUGCAGCCCAGACAACUUGGUUUCCAGCCAACGCAGACUAUCUGUUCCUCCUGUAACCAGUCAAUAGUGACCCGUGUUGUCUACUCACCAGGUGCACUAACAUGGCUAAGUUGUGGAGGUCUCUUCCUUGUUGGGUGUGGACUUGGCUGCUGUUUGAUCCCAUUUUGUGUUGAUGGCCUUCAGGAUGUGGAACACUACUGUCCAAAUUGUGGAGUAAACAUUGGUGUCUGUAGACGCCUUUAAAUUUCCUUCAGAUUCAGCUAUCCCUCUGGACAUAACUUUUGGCACUUCCACCUGAACUGCUCUUCAGACAUUAGUCUUCUGUUUUCUAAUUAGUCAUGAGACAUUUUUCCAGAGAUUCAACAGCUACUAUCUGGAAAGAAAUCUUACCUAUGUUGGAGACAAUCUACAGCUGAUCUCUAAUCCACAUAAUUGCAUCUGCUAUGUAAUCUGUGAUCCUGACUCAUGAGCAGCCAUUUUAAUUAGAGGGAGACUAUGUUAAGUCUUCAGGUUUUUGUCACUGGUUUAAAAUAUCCCUUUUUUAAAAUUGGAUUUUUGGCAACUAGCAUUGUCUAUAGGCAGGUCUGAGUCAAAGGAUUUUUGAUUAGGUAAACUUUUGUUGGUCUGGUAGUUUUGUUGACUUUACUAUUUUUAAAAAUGGUAACAUUCUAAAAUUUAAAACCCAGGCCUGGAUUGAAGAUCACGUAUCUCAACAUUUCUGGACUGGUGAUCUGACAUUUCUCUGGGUAGCUGGUUUACCGCAACUACACUCCAGUACGUUAAAGAUUAAAUGAUUUGAGUUUUUGUACGUUUGUAUAAAUAGUCACAUGAUAGCACUGCCAAAAGGUUUGGAAACACUUGGAUUGUAUUACAAAUCUAGAAUUUGUCACUUUUUUAAACACCACCAGUCUUUUGUCUUAAAGUUUUUUUUUAGCAUUAAGCCAUGCCACUCCCCAGAUAUGAAAAUUCUGUAACUUUGGAAAUUCAUGGGAAGAAUGUACCACCAAGAAUUAAAUGACUAAUCUUUUUGUGAUGUAGAGGUGCUGGUGUGUGGACUGGGGUGGACAAGGUCAGCAGUCACGUGACACUAGUUUAUUUGAAAUCACCACCAAGCUUUUGAAGUGCUGCUCUUUAUCAUGUGAAGUCACUUCACCAGAUGAAGGACCUGUGCUCGGAGCUUGAGAUUUCAAACUUGGGCUAAACCUGGUGUCAUGUUACUGCUGACCUUUUUUUCUCUCUCUGUUGUGAACACCUGAACAAGAAAUUGUUGCUAAUUCCAAUGAUUACACUUGCGUUGUGGGUCAUGAGGAAGGCUGACUUUGCAAGGGAUGGGCUAAACAGGUCAGUGAUUUGAUCAUGCAAAUAACUCCAGGCCCAACUGGCAAGUAGCAAUAGUGGAGUCUAAGACUUGCUGCAGUGGCAGGCUGUUGCUUUUAUUAUGGAAAUUGAUUUAAAUUUGUAGCAAACGUUUGCUCAUUAUACAUAAUUAGAGUAGAAGUUGAAAUAGCAUUACACUUAAUCAUUAGCCUGCCAGUUAGAGAAACUUUGCUAUAAAAUAAACCACCUCAGUUUAAGGAACUUCCUGAAUUAAAAAAAAAGUUGCAGGCUAGAAAAUGGUGAGAAGCUAACCAAUCUUAAAUGUGCACUACUGGUUAUGAUUUAGAAACUCCCAAAUAUCACUUCAGUACAGAAAUUGAUUCAAACAAAAUCUGUUUUCCUGACCUAAUCAAAAAGUGCUCAUUUUGACUUCUACUCUGCACAUUACCAAGUCAACUGGCUGUUCAUUUGAAAAUAAAAGUAUUCAAUAUCUUAGAAUGAUCCUUCAUAUUUAAAAAGUGAUUAUUUUUUAAACAAAAAAGUGUAAAAAGCACAAUGCAACUUAUCUAGUGGUUCUAUGUGCAGCAAGACUUGUGAAGUGUUUAGGGGUGCAAUACUUAAUGCUUGUUGCAAGUCCUGCAUUUGUCGUCUUUUACACAAACUUUAAACAGCGCGCCAUAUAAACGUCAACAGAUCAGCAGGAUACCAACAAACUUUCACAAGCUUGAUGCCUGUGGAUACUUUUUAAAACAAAUUUUCACUAAGAUUCAGUUUUACUUCUGUUGAACAUAGCUCUUGAUGUUACACCUGAACUGCUCAUAUAGCUUUUAUUGUUAAUGAGACUUAGACUCAAUUCAACAACCACUGAAUCUGGAUGGAAACCCUAAUACAGUAGACUGACUACAGCCUGCCUCUAAAUCCUCUUAAUUGAAUAACCAUUUGACUUUUUAAGAAGUUCUGGUAUUACUAAAAUGCAAUCUAUUUUAUACUAGAAUUUUCUAUUUACAGCUUUGUUUGGACAUUAGUGCUGAAUAUGUAGAUAUAUAAAUCUCCAAUACUGAAGAAUUGGAUCUUUAUUUGAAUGUAAUUUGUUCUAAUCUGCCAGUUGUCUAAAUUAACAUUGAACAAAUCCCGGGUAAACUUUUUUUAUUUGCAAUAUAUUGUAAUUUUUAAAUUUUUCCCUGUUUUUGCUUCUGAAUUAAAGAUGUCUUGACAGCAUUUCUCUGUUCAAUGAGAUUCUGGUUUUAUAAAUAAAGUCACCAUCAGAAACUCAUUGUCUGUCAACAGUAA